GCACACUGCACACACUGCACAAGAACAUCAAGCCAGAAGUCUGCUGACAUUUUCUUUAUCGCUUAUCAUUUGGCGGAGUCUCUUCUGUUUCCCUGUACUGAUAUUUUUCUUUUAGCAGCUGUUGUAUUUCCACAAUGGAUCUUGGAAGAAGAUUGAACAGAGGUGCAAAUAUUACAUUUAUUAACCCCUGGAUUAAGUAUUAUCUAUUUUUCUUCAGUUUCCUGUUUUGGAUCAUCUCACUGGUGAUUGUUGCUAUUGGAGUAUAUGCUAAGAUUCAGAAAGCCACAGAUGCUGUGCGGGAUACCUUUGUAAUUGACCCUGCGAUAAUUAUGAUUGUGGUUGGAGCCGUUAUGUUUUUAAUCACCUUCUGCGGCUGCAUUGGGGCCUUGCGAGAAAACAUUGUGCUACUGCAAGUGUUUUCGGUGAGCCUGACCAUCCUCUUCUUGGUACAGUUGGCGGUUGGAGUCCUGGGAUUCAUCUAUUCUGAUAUGGCUGAAGACACAGUGAGCAAAUUUAUGAAGAAAGCCAUUGUUCAUUACAGAAAUGACAUUGACCUGCAGAACCUGAUCGACUAUAUUCAGAGAGAGUUUCAGUGCUGUGGUUGGACCAGCUACAAAGAUUGGUCAAAGAACAUGUAUUUCAACUGUACCCCCAACAACCCCAGCCCUGAGCGCUGUGGUGUGCCUUAUUCCUGCUGUAUACUAAUACCCGGUGAGUCAGUGAUCAACACAAUGUGCGGUUUUGGGAAGCAAUCAUUGGACCAACUGGAAGCUUCUAAAUUCCUGCACCCGGCGGGCUGUGCUGACAAAGCAGCGAUCUGGAUAGAGAGUCACCUGCUGCUGGUGGGGGGCAUUGUCCUUGGGCUGGCACUGCCGCAGAUUGGAGGAAUUGUACUGUCUCGCAUGCUGAUUGGACAGAUCAAAGAGGAGAUUAAGUCGAUAUAAUAGCGAGAGCUUUGCCAACAGGGAACAAACCAAAGGCAGUGAGAUUCACUGAGCCUUAGCCAAGAAACAAAGAAGCAAAGAAAACUGGAUGAAAGAGCAUUCAAGACUUUUUGUUUGACAUACUUACCACAGCUCCAAAUACUGUUCUUUUAAUUACAACCUACAGAGGUGGAGGAAUUCCAAGAUGGUGCAUCACCAGUCUCACCCCUCACCUUUCACCUUCAGGGCUCAGAGUUGAACAGAGCAGAUAAUGUAAGCCCAUGUGAGAGAAACUGAGGGUCACAGGGACCACUGCUCUCAGCUGAGUCCUUAGUCAACAUCCCUAUUCCCUACCCCUCGGUCAUUGUUUAGUCAGUCACUUUGCAGGUAAUGGAUUGAGUGAUUCCACAAGGCCAUAAAAACAUGACAGCAAUUCCAGCAUCUCCGACACGAUUUCACAUCACAAAAGCAUUCGUAAACAGCUGAUAUAUGUACCAGAUUUAAUCCACAGCGCAAUUCACCCAAUGCUGUUCAGAAAGAUAUGGAGUAGGAAACAGCUGCCUUCAAAGCAUUGCAAUAGCUAUACAACUCAGCAAAGAGGUUUGCACCUCAACAACACAGAGAACAUGCAACAUACACACCUCAGUUAUUUAAUCAUCUUUGGUGUUAUUCUAAUUUUCUCCCCUUUCAUCCCCCACUGCUCCUAAAGGAUUGACUGUGCUUUGAACUGUUCCAUUGGUUCUUGCUCUACAUAGAGAGAAAGAAUGGUGGUAGUGUGUUAUAGCUCAUUCAGGCAGUCCAAGUAACUGUGGCAAAAUGCAUGUUAGAAUCUAGAGCUAUGGUAGCCUAGAGGCUCCAACUUUCUUUCAU